GUUCGACCUUUCACUCUCUCCCACCAGCGCAUGGUCGGAUAACACUUUCGACAUGAACGCGGUCGAUGCUUCGUCACACGAAGAAGUGGCCGAGACGAGUGAAGCUCCCGCGCUCUUGACCAUCAUCCUCGACACCAACCCGCACGCCUGGGGCCUGUUGUCAUGCACUCUCCCUCUCUCGACCCUGAUCGCAAACCUCCUAGUCUUCAUCAACGCCCACCUCGCCAUCAACAACUUGAACCAAGUCGCCGUAGUCGCCUCACACUCCGACAGCGCCCGCUUCCUCUACCCAACCACACAUGACGACCUACGAGUACCACACGGCCAGGCCACCGACAUACAGAAUGACGCCAACAAAUACCGCCCUUUUGCCCAACUGGAAAAGGCCUUGACCACAAACCUGCGCGCUCUCCUCGCCACAACAACACCCGAACACCUCCAAGCUUCCACGUCAACAAUGCUGUCUGGCGCUCUCACCCUCGCCCUUACCUACAUGGCCAAAGCCACCCUCAACGCCCCAGGAAGAGCAGGAGACGGUGGCUACGAUGCCGCAAAUACCGCCGGAACCUUUGUCACAUCCACCGUAGAUGGCACAACACAACCCUCACACACCGGCCUCCAAUCCCGCAUCCUCAUCCUCUCGGUCAGCGGCGACAUCGCAGACCAAUACAUCCCCAUCAUGAACAGCAUCUUUGCCUGUCAACGCCUCGCCAUCCCCAUAGACAUUCUUACGCUUUCUGCUCAUUCGAAUGCAGAGUUUUUGCAACAAGCUGCUGAUGCUACGGGGGGUGUGUAUAUGGCUUUGGGUGAUCGUGUGGCUGGAUUACUGCAAGUGCUCAUGAUGGGUUAUCUCCCAGACGCAACGGCACGCAAUAAUCUGGUCAAAGCAGGUGAAAGCGAAGGUGUAGAUUUCCGCGCUGCGUGUUUCUGCCACCGGAACAUUGUGGAUUUGGGUUAUGUGUGCAGUAUCUGCUUAUCGAUCUUUUGCCAACCGCCGCCUGAUAACAAUUGUCUUACUUGUGGCACAGCAUUGUCAUUAGCAGGUCAUGCUGCUAAACCGGUUGUUAUUCCAAGGAAAAAGAAGAAGAAGCGAAAGCUUGAUGGCACCACUCCUGCAGAUUCGCCCACACCGAGUGCUGCAGACACUCCCAGAUAAGAGCUUGAAAGACAUAUCUUACUAGAGCACUAAAUGAACAUGACGAAUCUACAUUUGCGGCCAGUCUCACAGUCAUUGUAUAGAAUAAUCAC